AUGAAGGCCGGUAUCUGGACAGCGCAACUGAUUUACAGUGAUCCACCUUCACACAUUGAAGCUGGGAGUGACGAUGAGGUAGCAUACGUCGCAUUCUCACAAACAGUCAAACAGGUGAGGAAAUGUCGCACAUCGUGUUCGAACUUUAACAUUGAAGCUCUGCAUAAACAGUCCCAACUGUACCAGAUUGAGUCGAAUAAGCUUGGAAAGAUAAAGAGAUUGAUGCUGUGA